AUGGCUGUAUUGAAGAAGCAGCACAAGGCCCCAAAGAUAGAUCAAUUCAGGGUAUGCUUUCGAUGUCUGGGCCCUGAGUUUGAUUGUUUUGUUCGUGAUUUGAUUGAGUUUGCUAUGAUAAAGAGAGCUCAUAAGCUUGAGUUAGACUUUGCACUCGGUAAUGGUGAUGAUCCAAUUUUGGGAUCCAAGUACAGUUUUCCAGAAAAACUAUGUCAAAAACACAUCGGGUUUGAGUCCCUUCAAGUGCUUGAAUUUAAGUCUGUUAAUGUGAGAGGAGGAGUUAUCGAGCGGUUGUUGUCAAAUUGUCCUGUUCUUGAAAGAUUAAGUGUGUAUAACUCCCCGGCUUUGCAUGGUUUGAGAGUUUUUGGCCGUGCAUCACUCCCAUUGAAGUGCUUAGUAAUACGACAAUGCCAUUUGGUUGGAAGAAUAGAGAUUGAUAGUGCCACGAACCUUGUUUCUCUACAUAUUGAGAGAGCUUUCGAAACUAACUUGGUUUUGAGGAAUGUACCAAAACUUGUUGAGGUAUCCAUGAUCGAUUGGUGCAACUAUUGCACCAAAAUUAAUGUCAUCGACCAGGUUUCUUGUUGUCUUUCCCAGCUAGAAAUUCUCAGAGUCGGUAGAAUUGUAGAGGUUUCCAAGAUUGGUGAAGUAAUUCCUAAUCCUAUAUUAACAAAUCUCAAGCAUUUGCAUUUACAAGUUGAUAUUCGCUGCAAAUAUGUUUUUCUUGACUUAAAUUCAAUUGUGGAAGCAGUUCCUUACCUGCAGAGACUUGUGUUUAUGUUGUCAUAUGUGUUUUCCUUCGAUGGGUGGGAAUAUUAUGGAAAGCAUAGAAAAGCUGCAAAUUGGUGCUAUAAUAAUAACCACAAGGUAGUGGAAAUAUUUGGCUAUGCUGGUCACAAAAGAGCUGAUGAAUUUAUCAUGAAUGUUAUAGAAAAUAUUGGUACACUGGAGAAAAUCAUUAUCAUCCCUCACGAUUGGUGCCCUUUUCGCGUAGCUGAUACCAUAGAAGAGUGCAUUAAGUAUGCCAGAGUUCACACCAGGAAAGAGCUCAAACCAAAAGUUCCUUCAACUAUAGCAUUUAUAUUAUUAUGA